GUUUUUUCAUGCCGAGAGUGGAAAAAACCUUUAGGAGUAGAUAACAUCAGGAAAAGAAAUCCAUGAGACCGAUUGUGAAACUCACGAGGAAGAUGGAAUAGGUUGCACAUGCUGACGCAGUCUACCACAAAUAUGACCGACGAAGAUGGACCAGAUGUGCAUCCCAUUGAGCUUACAGUUCAAGCGCUGUUGGAAACCCCAUUGGAGACGCUCAACUUGAACUUGAAGUCGCUUUACGAGUCUCAAAUGAUUCUCCACACAAUCCUAUACAAGAUGGAGCGCACGCUCAUCGACACGGCAAACAACCUUCGACCGGGAAGUUUUCCACUGCAGGAGCAGGUUGUCCCCGGCGUAAGAGGCGACCGCAAUGGCAACAACAAUAGCAACGGCCACGGGCCGAACUCUUGCUGUGACAGCAGCAAGGGUACUGCCAACUGCAGCAGCGUGAACGGGAAAGAUGAUAUUGGCGAAGAGGGAAUCCGAAUAGACCACAGCGAUCUAGACGGAGAACUGGAUCUCAAGAUGUAUCUGGAACGUAUGGAGCGGUUAAGACGUAAAUUGCGUCGGAUAGAGAAGAUAAUAGACGAGAUAGAGGCCAGGGUAGGUCGAAUCGAAAACUCCAUGAGCAGGCGGUGAGAUGAACUCAGAAAGAGGAAUCUGUAUUAGUUCUAUACA